AGCAACGGCCCAGAUUCUCUCUCACAUUUCUCCCAUUUCGUUUAUCUUCUUCUUCUUCUUCUUCUUCUCCUCCUCUACCCUCCUGUUCUCUCCCUCACUCACACACUGUCUUCUGAUUUGCCGAAGAAAACAAAAGUCAAUUGAACCAAUUUUUAUUUACUUGAUGUUACUGGGCAAGAGGCCACGACCUCCGAUGAGGAGGACAACGAGCAUGACGGGGAUCACCGUCGAUGUAUCGGGAGUGGAGGCGUCUGAGCCGUUCGAUGAGCAGAACGUCCACCAUGUUGCGGCAGCCACUGGAGGAGCAGAGGAGUCCUCGGCAGUGGCCAUCAGCACUGCUUUACGUGAUCAGAACAUGCUGAUGAACUCGGCGGCGUACGAUCGGCGGUUCCUGGCUAUGGUGUCGCCGAGAAACCAGAGGAGGACUAACUCUCGUGAUUUCAUGGAGACUGCCGAUUUUUUGAGGACCUGUGGCCUUUGUAAGCGCCGCUUGGCUGCUGGUCGUGACAUAUACAUGUAUAGGGGGGAUACAGCAUUUUGUAGCUUAGAGUGCAGGGAGGAACAGAUGAAGCAAGACGAGAGAAAAGAGAAAUACGGUGUCGUAUCGUCAACUAGAUCGGAAAAUCACGAGUACCACCGCCACCACGGCGCAUCUUCCCCAACCUGAGGAGGAGGAGGAGGAGGGAGGGGAAGGAGUUCGUUCAUUAAUACAUGGGUCGGAAGAGAGACAGCACAGAGAGAAGAGGGCGUUUUGUCUUCAAUAUUUUCUUUCAUGCCCC